AUGACCCUCAAGUGGGAUAAUUGGUGGAUGGUCUUCGCUCUACUUAAGAAAGAAGGCGAAUACGACACCAUUGCAACAUGCACUGCCGUGUGCAAGUCUUGGCGGGACAUAGGAUGGAUGCAUCUGCCACGAUCAGCGAUGUUCAGCAGCGACGAAGAGGUGGCGCACAUCAAAGUCGCAUAUGAACACCGGGAGUGUUGGCGUGGGCCAUUGCAUGUCCACGUUCGGGGACAGGAUGGCAAGGGGCGUGGGUCCAUCGCCCACUUGGGAACGUUCGCUGCUCGCUUUGGAGGGACGUGGACCCACACCGUUGAACUAACUAUCUCGGCGGCAAACUGGCAUAGGCAGGAUCUCGAUUCAGACAUCAUCUUCCACAAUCUCUCUCGAUUCCAUUCCAUUUCUGGCCUCACUCUCUCUGACGUCAGUUUUUCCUCCAUUCUGUCAUUCUGCCGCCUUGUCUGUAACCUGCCAGGCCUCAAGAGGCUCAGUCUGACUGAUAUUGCCCUCUCAGGCCAAGGUGCCUGUGACUAUAAGACCAUCUCAGACUUCCGCCUACUCCCCAGUACCAAUGUGGAAGAGCUCGUUCUCGAUAUUUCCCCCACGGUUCAGCCAUUUCCACUCCUCGAGAUACUUGAUUUCUUCGCAGUCGUCGCGCUCAGUCAUCGCACCUCUGCAGCAAAACACAUCGUCCCUGCGGCCUUAUUCUGGGGCAAGGUGCAGUCUCUCGACAUCAAAAGCAUGGGCGACCGCUUCGACAUAUCUGAGAACACGCAACUCGUACAUUUGGCUUUUACGUCCGCUGUUGAUACCGAGCAUGUGCUGGGGCUGUGCAAUUCACUUCACGACAUGUUGUCCAGCGUCACGUCAGCUCGCAUAUCAAAGAUCGAAAUCGACUUCGCAUUCGACGUGAUCACAUAUAGCGCAGCAGUGGAAAGAUUAUGCGAAGGCGAGGAUGGUCUUGCCCGAAUCGAUGUGAUCCUAUCGACGCCUGUCUUCGAGGCUCUCGCAGAGCUACAAUCGGCAACACGCGGAGUGGAUAUCACCUAUCUUGCAUGUGCAAUCUGCGCAGCAAGCUCCUGCCAUGGCCUCACACUCUAUGGACAAUCUAGACCCCUUCCCAGGGCUAGAGAUUGGGACAAGUCUACCAAGCACGCAUCCUCCUCAAUGGCACAGUUACCUCCAGCUUUUAAGUCACCUCCAGCUCUUCACUUUCCCCAAUCAAUCCGUCCAGCUCUUGCAUCGUCUGGCCCUCCACCGCUCCCGUCGCCUCUGGCACCCUCUGCUGGCCCGUCUUCGCUUCCACCGCCUCCGUCACUUGACGUGGGUCCUAAAAAACAAGCACUCUCGUAUGUGCCGCUGGAGGAUCGCAUGAAAGCUCGUCUGCCAAAAAUGCACAGACGAGGCAUCCUACUGAGCUUCGACUAUACAGCGUUUGUCAAUGGCCUUCUUUCGAUAUUCGGAAGCCAGGUAGUUAUCUUUAAUCGACGCCGUCUUAGGCUUGAGAUCACGCGAGUGUGGGCACCGAACGAAAAAGGGGGCACAUCGCGCUGCAAAAGCAAUGUACUGGGCGAGAAGGAGGGCGACCGAGCAGCGGCUGGCGAAACAAACGACGAGGUUAGAGAGAAGGGGAUCCCCGUUCUUGUUCUCUGUGUCUGCGUUGUAUAUCAAGACGCCGCUCAGAGAGCCGCGCGCGCUCGCCCUGUGGGAAGGCCGAGAUAG